GGCAAUUCUUUAGCUUGAACUUGUACUGUGACUUCAGUCGGCAUACUAAAGAGGACAUACGCUGCUUUCCACCCUUGACAGAAUACUAUGUCUGCGACAGGGUCCCCUCUGAAUGCUGCUCAUGAACACGCAGAAAACGCGCAUAACUACACCACGCAGGGUCUCCUCAUACCCGCUGCAGAGGAGCAUUAUGCUGCGGCGCAGGGGUUUCUGACAUGUAUAGAGCAGUCGAACGAUGAAAAUACGAAACGGACGUUGCGGAUGCUGUACAACGACCAUUGCAAGGCUGGAAAGGAGCUGCAGAGGAGGAUCGCCAAAUUACGUGAAGAGGGUAAAGAUCCGGCCCAACCACAAAAACCAUUGCCUUCACGAUCUGCUGUUCCUUCCAUCCCCAGGUCGACUGCGUCACCACCACCUCACUCACAUCCUCGGAUGUCGGACUCGCAGGCUACCGUCGACGAAUCGUUUAUGGUUUUAGGUCAACGGUCUGAUCCAGGAGACGCAUUCAAUCAAUUCUGGAAAAUCAUGGAGGGCAUGUUGGAUAAUCUAUCACAACCAGCGGCCUUCGCUGCGGCGCCUUUGGGUCCUUCUGCGGCUGGCGCUCAGUCAAGGAGAGGUUUAGGCCGUGAAGGGAGCUCGAGUAGUGACACCGAUUUCGAGGACUCUAAGGCUAGCAGGAUCUCGCGCAAGUUUGGCAGUGGUGUUACAAGAUUUCCACCGAAGCCGAUCAUGGAAUCGACUGUGAUUGAUCUUCGACAGGAGCUGGAAGAAGUGCACGCUGAUGACCUGGAUGAAUUAAGUGAAUCCUUUUGCCUUAUCCCGUCGAGCAAGGAGCCGUCUACGGUCACUACCCUUAAGCAAGAGAAUGCUAGUCUUAAAGCAGAGGUGGAAGAAAUGCAGCAAAGGCUUGCCAGCACCGAAAAGAUGCUCAAAUCGCGGAUGGAACAAGACCAACGCUUACGGGAUAGUAUUGUCUUAGCACGGAACCAGGCACAGCGAGCUAUGGGAGCUUCUCAUGUCUUACAGAGGGGCAACCCGCUCGUGUCGGAUCUGAGUGCCCUUAACCUGAACGCUCCCCCGGUCCCACCGAUGCCUGGCGCUCUGAACCUUGGCCCAACCGGUCGAGACCGAGAGGCCCAACUCUUGCGUCGAGUACGAGAGUUGGAGGAGGAGGCUCGGCUGUUACGUGCCGAGAAUGAGAAACAGAAAGCAUUGAUAGUGAAGUUCCGUGAACGUUGGGAGAAGUUGAAGGAGUCCGCUAAGCGCAAGAAGAAUGCGAAGGCUGCCGCGGAAUCGGAGGCUACAGCUAUUCGUGAUCGGAUAGAGGAAGAGCCAGAAGCUGAGCAAGAACAGGAUGAACAGAUGAACAAGCAGUCUUCGUGACUGAGGAUUCCAUAUGCUGUUGUCUCACUUUUCCGCUGGAACUAACACCUUUGUAUUGAUAUGCUGUCCUCUUUGAUGUAGCUUAUAUUCCACAAAAUAAUCCUGCCUGGGAUGCAUUGACA